AUGGCACCCAUUCAACCCCGUCUCAAGGUCCUAUCAGUUGGCGGCAAUCCCGUCUCUGCCUUUCUAUCGUGGAGGCUUCAGGCCACCAACGCUUGCGACGUAACAUUGGUUUGGAAAUCGGGAUAUGAGCAUGUCGCUCAAUACGGCAUCUCCUUCAAAUCACCAGUUUUUGGUAAUGAACGGUUCAAACCUCGCCAUGUUGUCCGGAAUCCCGAAGACGCCGCUCAUGCCCGAGACGGCGCAUUCGAUUACGUCGUUUUGUGCGUCAAAGCACUACCUGACGUCUACGAUCUUGCCGCGGUCAUCGACUCCGUUGUCACCCCUCAACACACUUGCAUCCUCGUAAACACAACCCACACAUUAGGCGUCGAAUCUGCUCUGGAAGAGCGGUUCCCGACAAACGUCGUACUGUCACUUGUCUCGGGAGCCGAGCUCACACAACUUGGCCAAAGCGAAUUCGAACACAAAGGCUCAACGGAGAUUUGGGUUGGUCCCGCCAAUAGAAACGGGAGCAUUCCCCAAACUAUUCAGGAAGACAUGGCCCAAGCUUUAGCAAUGACCCUAAGUACAGGCCAGGUGGACUGCAAGGUUUCCUCGAACAUUCGCCAACAGCAAUAUGAACGAGUGAUAGGGCCUAUUGCUUUCCACCCCGUCUCGGUCCUCUUCGAGACGCCGAACCACGCAGCUUUGUUCGAAAAAGUGGGGGUUCGGGACAUGAUAUCAGGUGUCAUUGACGAGCUGCUGCGUCUUGCAGAUGCCAAUGGCUGCAAACUUGACCCAGACUUCAAGCAGCGGACGAUGGACGACAUGACGAAACCGGAUCUGCCAGAGAGCAUCAUGUGGCAGGAUUACCUUGCGAGACGUCCGAUGGAAAUCGAGACAUAUCUCGGUUCGCCCAUCAAGUUGGCACGCGAAACCCGGGUCCCUGUUCCUCGCAUAGAGACGUUGUACGCCGUAUUGCACCACCUCAACGCUGUCAAUCGCUCCAAGCCUAAGCCUAGCGAAGUCCUGCCGUCCAACACCAUGCCGCCGAGCUCUCCCGUCUCAACACCGCAGCCUCGCGCCCAAUCCCAAGCGGCCCACCGUCCCAUGCCGAGCGGCAUGCCGAAUGGAAAUGGCAUGGGCCCUCGACAACCUCGACCCCGGAACUCGUCAAACUUUGGACCUCCUGCCCUGCGGCGGCCUCCCCAACAAAUGAACGGUGGGCAGCCAAACGGCUACCCUCGUCCCCCGCCAUCUGUCAAUGGAGGGUCAAGGGCUCCCUCUCGCCGGGGCUCGAUGGACGGCAAUGAUUUGGAGGAGUUUUCGCAUCUCGUGCUGUACGAUGAUAUUCCCGAGGGCCCGGAACCAUCGUAUGGCGGCGAGUCAGACAUUGGCUUGCGUGAGAGGGAGCUGCAGCUCCGCCAGCGAGAGCUCGCUUUGCGAGAGCAAGAGAUGAGAAUGAGGCGCGCUCCUCCUCCACCCGGACUUAGGCGUGGCCCUCAUCCUCAUCCUAUGCGGGGCAGUCAGCAAGUUUUUGACGACGACGACGACGACGACGACGGUUUCUUCGAUCCCAUGGCAGCCGGUGGGACGCCAGCCAUCAAUCCGGAUAACUUGGACAUGAUGAGCGUAACGUCGAGAAAGAACCGCAAGGUGUCUGCCCCAUCUGCGUCCCAGUUUCGACGAAAUCCAGAAAGCGACGGCCCUCCGCCAUCCCGAGGAAGCAGGUUCCGGCCGAACUUUGGACGAAACCGCGGUAGCCAAGUUGCUCAUCUGCCUGCCAUGAACGACAACAUCCUAGACGACCCGAUGCUCGCGUUCACGUCCAAUCGCUACGGCAACGUUGACAGGGGCGCAAUGGGGGGCAGUUCUCGCGCAAACUCACUGACAGCUUCAAGGUUGGAUGACGGCCUGUACGGACCGGGGCAUGGUGGCCCACCACCGGCGAUGAAUGGCGCGUACCCGCGUCGGGCCAGCCAAUCGCCUGGCAAUCCUUACGGCCCGCCGGUGCGAGGAGGCCGUCCCUCGCCUCCAAACGGCUACGCGCCCUCGAUGAAUGGCCGUCCCUCGCCGCCAGACGGCGUUCGUCAACCCGUCCCUCGCUACCCGCCCGGCCAAGGUAACUCGGUUGCCGCUCAGCAGGUAGAGCAGCAUGUUGGGGUGAGCGCCCUCCAUCCACCGAAGCCUAGAAACGUUCGUAGUCUGACUGGUAGUGCGAGCGCCAGCGUGGGCAGUGGUGAAGUCGACUCGGAGCGGUCUGCGCACAGCAGUCAAAGCAGUUUUCAAAACGCAGCCUCGAUUGGCGUCCGUUGA